AUGGGCAACAAGAAGGGCCACAAGGAUGCUAAGCAUGCCAAGAAGAAAGAGGAGCAAGACAGUGAAGAGGACGAGGAGGUCUCGGGGGCAAUGUCCAACAUGGACCUGAAGAACCAGUCUCCUGCUGCUCCCUUCACCUUCGCUCCAGCUCCCAAGGGACAGUCGCCUUUCUCCUCUUCGGAGGGGAAAUCAGUCUUUACCUUCCCAACGCAACCGGCAGAAGGGGGGCAGGGAAACUUCACGUUUAACUUUGCGCCGGGUAAGAAGGGGAAAGGCGGGGACGAUGACGACGAGGACGAUGAUGAGGACGAGGAGGACGACGACGAGGAGGAGGAAGAUGAUGAUCGUGGAGUGGAGGAAUUUAUCGCCAGCCUCCCGGAACCAGUACAGGAAUGCGUCGCGGCUUUGAACAAACUUGACGAGGAGGUUUGCUCGUUGCAGUCUGAAUUCAGGAAGGAACUUCGUGAGCUCGAGAGGAAGUAUGAGCAGAAGGAGAAGCCUCUGUUCGCCAAGAGAGCAGAUAUCAUCACAGGCCGUGCCAAGCCUGAGAAUGCUGAGAAGGCGGAUGGCACUGGAAUUCCUGAUUUCUGGUUGGGGGCUAUGAAGAACUGUGGAAUCAUCGGAAGCAACAUCACCGAAAAGGACGAAGUGAUUCUCAAGUUCCUCUCUGAUAUCACCGCGGAGACUCUGCCUGAGGAAGUAGGAAUCGGUUUUUGCCUCAAGUUCUACUUCCACAAGAACGAGUUUUUCACCAACGAAGUCCUUACAAAGACCUACUUCCUUGCCGACUCGUCGGACGACUCGAUCCUUGAGAAGGUUGAGGGAACUGAGAUCGCAUGGGAAAGCGGCAAGAAUGUCACCGUCAAGAUCAAGAAGAAGAAGCAGCGAAGCAAGAACGGCAAGGGAACCCGCACAGUCACCAAGACGGAGCCUUGCGAGAGCUUCUUCAACUUCUUCAGCCCCCCCCACAUCCCUGACCCCGAAGACGAUCCUCUGGACGAUGAUGAGCUGGAGAGCCGACGCAUGGAGCUCGAGUCUGACUACGAGAUGGGCAUCGCGUUCCAGGAGCGCGUCAUCCCUCACGCCAUCAAGUGGUUCACUGGGGAGGCCGAGGACGACGACGACGACGACGACGAUUAUGACGAUGAGGAGGAAUACUUUGACGAGGAGGAGGAGGAGGAUGAAGAGGACGAGGACGAGGCUCCUCAUCGCGGUCAUGGAGGUCACCGUGGAGGUGGCAGAGGAGGAGGAAGGGGCAAAGGCAAGAACGGGGAAGAGUGCAAGCAGCAGUAA